CCAUGUAUAACUUACUCAUUGUCGAUAUGAGCUUCAAGACAGAGACAUUCGUCGGUUAUAUCGUUGUCCACUGAUUGAAAUGACGUCGAGCUACUACUGUGUCUUUUUUUAUCAAUGCUCAUGAUUAAUGUGAUUUAACUUCGUAAUGGAUGUGAUAAGUCUUGCUCUUAUUGGUAAUAACAGUUUCAAAGGAAUAUAUCUGAGUGACGAAGGAAGGACAGAAAAUGACACAGUCAAUGACUGUUUUCAUACAACAUAUAACGUAAAUACGCCAGUCAUCGUCUUCAUCGACCUUAGUCUGGCCGUGGUCGCUGUUUUGGGAAAUUCGCUAGUCUUAGUUGUCGUGUAUCGGUUUCGUUGGUUACGCACCAUUACCAACAUGUUCGUUGUAAGCCUAGCUGCUGCUGAUCUCUUGGUUGGGAUCAACGUGCCCUUCUACGUGCUCUUUUACUUUGACCUGCCCCUGGUGUGCAAUAAGUACAGUUGUCUUUUUCGGUACUGGUUCGCAAUCUACGCCUCGGGUUGUUCGAUGCUUUGUCUUGUGGGAGUAGCCGUCGAUCGGUACGUCGCCAUUUUACAUCCAUUGUCGUAUCAUCGCAUCAUGAAGUCCCGCUGUGUCUCGGCUUAUAUAGCCGUCGUGUGGGUGUACAUGGGGAUCAUCAGUUCGCUCCCCUUGCUUGGUAUCGGAGAAACCUUCGACUCUACCAAAGAAUGUGACUUGUACUAUCUUCACUCGAGCACCUACGCUUUAACUGUUGUGGCAUUCCACGUCCUUCUAACCCUAAUUAUCACGACCGUCCUGCAUUGCAUCAUAUUUCGGGAGGCUUGGAAACAGUCACGAGCUAUGGCCGCUAUAGAAGUGAACAGUCGCGUCCGCCAGGAUGCGCGUACAACAAUCACUAUGGCGAUGGUCCUCGGGGCUUGUUUAUUGGGGUUUUUGCCUUAUUUAAUUAUCAUCAGUCUACCUUAUAUGGACGACACUUGCCAGGAGGUUCUGGGUUUUCUGAAGCGAUAUUUUGUGUGCUUGUAUUUUGGAAAAUCUGCAGUCAAUCCCAUUAUAUACGGGUGGAAAAACAGGGACUUUAGAGAUGCCUUUAAAAAGCUACUUUGUAGCAAAAAAUCUGCGGUAAGCCUUCCAAGAUGAAAAAAAAAAAACUCUCGUCUCUGUUCAGAAGGAUAAUCUUCGGCCAUUAGCAUCAAAAUAUACUAGCAUAUGACUUGUAUUUAUUUAUUAGUUUGGUUGGACUAGGUAUAACGGUUUGCGAUUAUAAUGAAAGCAAAACCCAGUUCUAUUUAUGAAACGAUGUUCACAUUCUGUUAAUGUAUUUCUCCUGUUAGAAUUAUAAAUAUGUAAAUCUACUCCGUGCUAGUAUUAGCUAAAGAAAUUGUCACCCACAAACCGAAUAGCUUUUGGAUAAUUCCAUCAGUGUUUGGUAAGAUAACAUUUCUUGUUUCUGGUAUCCAUUGUAUCUCCUGUCUUCUAUUUUCUUGCCAAAAUCUUUAACUCAAGAUACUUCCUAUUGUGAUAGAAACAUAACGAUGUUCUUUAUCAUCAAACAAAACAUUUCGCCUCAUUUGAAUGUAUAUAUACUGUUUUCCUCACUCGCAAUGUCCUGUAAACAAUAAACUUUUCACGCAACUGGUUCGUUCUUAAAACAAAAAAGGUCCCCUGGUGCAACAGCGGUAAGUGUAUAGACUUACAACGCUAAAAUCAGGUGUUCGAUUCUCCGCGGUAGACACAGUCCAAUGUGGCUUUGUUCUAAAACAAACUCUAAGAAAGUGAUUGAUUAUACUUGUCUGUAUAUCCUCACUAACAUAGAGGUCGGAAUGGGUGCCCCCAAUAAUUAAACUGGGGCAUGAAUAUUUUUGGAACCCCAAUAUUUUGUUAACAAAGAUGUUUAAUUGUUUUUUUUCUAUGCAGUCGGCUGAUUUUGCCGAAAUGAAAGAAGACUAUGGUCCUUUGGCAAAUUCUAAACCAGGG